CAUCAGUUUGUAGCCAUAACCCAACUUUACAGCAACAUGUUGCUGUUGGAUAUUUGCAUCUAUGCCAGCCUCAUGCUGUCCCUCCCUCAGUGCACGUAUCAAUCAUGCAUAGAUGGGAAACCUAAACAGUGCGUAGAAGCAGAAUUUGCUCCAGGUACUAAUUUAGCUGGCGAAGGCUUUGAUAUCACCAAAAUGGAGCGUAAAGGAGCCUUUGUGCUCAACAUGAAUCAGUGGGAACGUAAAGACAAAACCUGCACCCUUUGUAUCAACCCCUUUCUGGAGAACAAAAAGCAAAAGCUCCCCUUAUCGGUGGUGGACUGGAGACCAAAUCAGUCCUGCAGCAGGAGAGUGACCAGUACACUCCACCGAUCCAGUGAGUCUCUCGUCAGUUCUAGAUCCUCUUCUGUGGAAAACAACUGGAAGAGCGGAUUAGAUUUCGGCUUAGCAAAGAAAGGCGCCUCAUUGAUGCUAGCUGGUACAAAUUCCAAACUCGCUAAAUACUCCAUGGAAAAAACAAAGAAUGACAAGUUCAGCUUCACUAGCCAAAGCAUGUCCUGUGAGUACUACAGCUACAGAGUGUCUGGCACUCCUAAGUUGCACAGAGAAUUUCACAAAGCAAUGAAGCAGCUCCCCAAAAUCUACAGCCCUGAAAACAAGCAGCAAUUUUACAAAUUGAUUGACAACUUUGGCACACAUUACAUCACCAAGGUGAAGUUGGGAGGAAGUGUUCAAUCUGUGACCAGCAUCAGGGAGUGCCAGGCCAGCCUGCAGGGCCUCAGCGUGGACGAGGUGCAGAAGUGCCUGGAAGUUGAGGCGUCUGUCAGCACUCUUCACACUUCAGUAAAAUAUGAAGCAAAACAAUGCAAGCAGGAUAUCGAAAAGACGGACAGGAAGUCGGCAUUCUCGAGCCUCUUCAACGACAGGUUCACAGAAAUAAAGGGGGGCCAUACAACAGAGCCAGACCUUCUCUUCUCUGCUGACAAAGAUCCAUCAGCCUACAAAGAAUGGCUGAACUCGCUACCACAGAACCCUGACAUAGUCUCAUAUUCCCUCGACUCUCUGCAUGAGUUACUGCCUACUAACACCUCUGCACGGAAGAACCUGCGCUCAGCUAUCAGCCAUUACAUCCUGGAGAAAGCUCUGUGGAAGAACUGUAGCGAACGCUGUCAGGCUGGGAGGAAGAGCAACCCGACAGAUAGCUGCGUCUGCCAAUGCCACAAUGACCCUGCUGUAAACCAAGACUGCUGCCCCACCCGUAAGGGCAUGGCACGGGUCAUCAUUACUGUACAACGAGCUUCUGGUCUUUGGGGAGAUUACAUCACAGCCACAGAUGGCUAUGUCAAGGUGUUCUUCGGCAGGCAAAUGGUCCACCGUACUUCUGUCAUUUACAACAACAACUACCCGCGCUGGGCUGCGACAGUCGAACUGGGAACCCAGGAUUUAUUUUCAGGAAAAGUGAGAUUUGAAGUGUGGGAUGAGGACAACAAGUGGGACGACGACCUGUUGGGAAAAUGUGAGCAAGUUCUGUCUGCUGGAGUCAAGGACGGUGUCUGUCAACUCAAUCAUGGCCAGCUGUUCUUCAAAUUGGAUGUGACAUGCGCUCCAAGUCUGAGUGGAGAUACAUGCAAAGACUAUAAAGCCUCGCCUAUGAGUCAAAGUCUGAUGAAGCUGUAUGUGUCCCGUCAUGCACAUCCUGUUCCAAAGGCCGUCCUCUUAGAGAUGGGUGUGUUUGUGGAUGAAACAAGCUCACAGAGAAACCAGAGUCUUACUGCCCAGAGCCAAAAGUUUGAUUUGAUGUGACCCCCAUGUUUAGCUUUCCUGAUGUUUUUAUUCAAGGUAUCAACACGUUGUCAAUUUAUUGAUAUAGUUAAUCUGAGCAAAAAGCGUCAUUUAUUAUCGCCAUCCCUUAUUAAAGCUCCACUGAUCACGAAAGAUGAGAGUACAUCAAUUCGGAGAGAGUAGUUGAAUUU